UUUUUGACACACCCGGCAUAUAUGAUCAAAGGCUGGUAUAUCGAUCUUCCCUCCCUAUCUCUCUCUCUCUCUCUCGCUUCGCUGAAAUCAGUGCAGGGGCACAGACGAUUAGCCUUCCAAUUGGAAUGGGGAUAUAUCUUAGUGCUCCCAAGACUGAAAAGGUAUCAGAAGAUGGUGAAAAUGACAGACUUAGAUAUGGGUUUUCAUCAAUGCAAGGGUGGCGUGCUACCAUGGAAGAUGCUCAUGCAGCUUAUCCAGAUUUGGACAGUUCCACAUCUUUUUUUGGAGUUUAUGAUGGCCAUGGAGGUAAAGUAGUUGCUAAGUUCUGUGCCAAGUAUCUUCACCAACAGGUGGCCAAGCAUGAAGCAUAUGCAACUGGAGAUUUAGGUACUGCAUUACAGAAAGCAUUUCUAAGAAUGGAUGAGAUGAUGUGUGGACAAAGAGGAUGGAGAGAAUUAGCGAUACUUGGAGAUAAAAUGGAAAAGUUCUCUGGUAUGAUAGAAGGGUUGAUAUGGUCUCCUAGGGGUGGUGAAGUCAAUAACCGUAAUGAUAAUUGGCUGUCAGAGGAGGGGCCUCACUCUGACUUUGACGGACCAAAUUGUGGAAGCACAGCUUGUGUGGCAAUCAUCCGAAAGAAUCUACUUGUUGUUGCAAAUGCUGGUGAUUCUCGUUGUGUAAUAUCCAAGAAGGGUCAGGCAUAUAAUUUGUCUAAAGAUCACAAACCUGACCUUGAGAUCGAGAAGGAUAGGAUUUUGAAAGCUGGUGGUUUUAUCCAAUAUGGUCGGGUCAAUGGAAGUUUGAACUUGGCAAGAGCCAUAGGAGAUGUGGAAUUCAAGCAGAACAAACAUAUGCCAGCUGAAAAGCAGAUUAUCACUGCCUUUCCAGACAUAACCACUGUUGAGCUUUGUGAUGAUGAUGAGUUUCUUGUUCUAGCUUGUGAUGGGAUUUGGGAUUGCCUGUCAAGCCAGCAACUAGUGGAUUAUGUGCGGGAACAGUUGAAAACCGAAAGUACACUUUCAGUCAUUUGCGAGAGAGUGUUUGACAGGUGUUUGGCACCAUCGGCCGGUGGCGAGGGUUGUGACAAUAUGACCAUGAUUUUAGUUCAGUUCAAAAAGCCUGUUGAUAAUACUUCUGUUGGGAAGCAGAUGGCAGGGGAGCAGCCUUCGUCAUCUGAUCAACCAUCUGAGACUGAGACUGAUAGAAGUUCAAUGGAGACUUAAUCAAAGUAGCAGUAACUCUGUACAAUUGGCUACAAAUUUUCGUGCAAGUUGAAGCUCUGCAGAGCCUAGAAUUCUGGAUUGAAUUCAUUGAGAAAGUGAAUUCUCACGACAUGGCUGUAAAUGUUUAGGAUGUUUCAGGUAGCGGAUCAGCUAUUUGAGUUCUUGUAUAUGUUGCUGGGGUCUCUAGAUUUUUAAGAGACUUGCCUUUUACCACUUGUCCCGGAUCAAGCACACCAAUGGGCAGUUAUUAUACUACUAAGAAACAGCGUAAAUGUUUCGGUUUGAAAGUGGCAGUCUUGCCACUGUAAUUGGGAUUAUGCAAUAGAUCUAGUAUUCUGGAAUC